UGUAAGUUUGUUACAGAAAAUGCCGUCGAUGGAAACAGGGCAAAAAUGAGCAACAAAUUUACCUUUUCUGUUGAACUGGCAGCCGCCGUAACUCAAUUUCCUUGCAUCCAAAAACCCUAAUUCUCAGUCAUCAAUGCAUUUUUGCUUCCAAAGAACAUGAGCAGCACUUAGCGAUGAGAAGCCUGCUGCUUUCUCUGCUUCAAAAACGUUUCUUGAAUACAUCACCACCACUACCAAUUGCCCCAUCGUCACUCUCAUUUACUGUUCAGUACCUCAUUACCUCAUGUGGGCUUUCCUUGCAGUCAGCUUGUUCUGUUUCCAAAAAGUUCCAAAUCGAUGAACAGAAUCUCCAAAAGCCCCUAUCCGUUAUCCAACUUUUGAAAUCUCACGAUUUUAAGGAUGCCCACAUUGCCAAAAUGAUCGAAAAGCGACCCCGAUUGCUUCACUGCAGUACACAAGACAAUUUGAAGCCCAAAUUCGACUUCUUCAUCAAGAAUGGAUUCGUGGGUCGACUUCUCCCUGAGUUAUUAGUUUCAGAUCCGGUAAUUUUGACAAGGAACUUGGGUUCUCGUAUUAAGCCAUGUUUUAAGCUCUUGAAGUCAUAUGUACAGAGUCGUGAAGGCGUUGUAGCUCUUCUUAAGCGUGCUCCGUUUUUUUUAUCGUAUGGUUCCAUGGACUCAAUGCGACUAAAUAUUGAUUUGUUGGUAAAAGAGGGUGUGGCUGCUGAUAGGAUUGCAAAACUGUUGAUCUGGCAACCAAGAAGUAUACUCUAUAAGCCUGAUAGGAUAGUUUAUGCGCUAAAUGCUCUUAAGAACCUGGGACUUCAGCCAGGGGAUAAACCAUUUAUACAGGCUCUUAGCGUGAGGAUACAAUCGAAUGACACGGCUUGGAAGAAGAAAAUUGAAGUUAUCAAGAGUUUGGGCUGGAGUGAAGAGGAGGUUUUGAGGAGUUUUAAACGACACCCGCCAUUAUUUGGAUACUCAGAGAAGAAAAUCAGGACUGCAAUGGAUUUCUUUAUCAACACUAUGGAGUUGGAACGACAAUUUAUAAUAAAGAGUCCCAAUUUUCUUGGGAUGUCAAUUGAUAAAAGGAUUCGUCCAAGGUAUAACGUUAUCAAGGUUUUGGAGUCAAAGGAACUGAUUAAAAGAGAUAAGAAGAUUAGUACUUUGUUGUCAUUAAGUGAGAAAAAUUUCUGGGCGAAUUAUGUCAUCAAGUAUGCGGACGAGGUCCCAGGUUUACUAGAGAUAUAUGGUGGUGCUGGCAAGGCAAAAUAGAUGGUCACUUGAUUGAAAAUGAAGCAAGUUCACUUUUGCCGUUGCACAAGCAGUAGGAGAUGUUAGUAAAACUGAUGGAAGGAUUGCGUUGGAAAGCACCUAAUGGGUAUCAGAAUGGGGUUUGCUGGCUUGAAUGACCUUUGAAGAAGAGGACUGUCCAUUGGAUCACAAUGAAACUUAAAGGAGAAUGAAAGUAGCUUGGCAUGUCUGAAUAUGGCGAUGAGGAGUGGUGAAAAUGGUGGGAUCAUUUCAUUAUUCAGGCACGCUCAUGGCUUUGGUUUCAUGAAAGAGGGGGCACCAGAUAUUAGAAAUGUUAGGCAAGUAGCUCUGUUUCUCUAGUAUAAGAAAUUACAAACACUAGCAAUAGUUUUUGACAAACUCGAAAAGGUUGCUGCAGAAUCAUUUAGCUUUUUUCUGUGGAGAGGCAGAUUUUAGCCUUCUGCUUGUUGUAAAACAAAAAUGCAUGGGUUUUGUUUUGCAGUUAGGUAAAGAAAUCUCUGUUUGUGAGUUUAUCAUUGAUCAGUUAAUGAUCAUGUUCAUGGAGGCAUGUCUCGUAGAUGUUGAGUUCGUACAUUACGUGGACUAGGCUACUCAUUAACUGUUUUUGUUAAAUGACACUACAACUUCUGAGCA